GCAGAUGGAGCCCUCACACCAACAGCCCACGGAUGAACAUGAACCAACCCGCAGGUUCUAUCAGCAGUUUCACCCCAGUCAAACAGUCUCAGUGAGGAGGAGACAGAUAAGGUGAAGAGCAGCUUUUUCGAUGACGGAGGUGACACUCUUGUUUUUGGUUUGAUCUCACAUUAUUAUCAAAACAUUUCACGCGUUAAAGCCCAGACUGCGGUGCGUCAUGACGGUUUGAGCGUCUACGUUUUGUGCGUGUGUGUGUGUGUUUUUGUAUUGUUUUACAAAAGAAAAGCCAGAAACAGACACGACCAGUUUCACUCCAGUCGACAGGGAUGGACUGCCGGACAAUGGUUUUAUGCGCCCUUUCCUUAGUCUGACUUGAUAUCUUACUCGUAAAUUUGGGUGUCACCACGUCUAGUGCCGCGUCCGACUGAAAAUGCGUCGCUGUUGAAGUUCACCUCGAAAAGUGGAUGUGAUCACAUUUCUUUACUCAUCUCUGGGGAGUAGUCCAUGGACCUAAGUGUCACCCAGAGGUUGUUACCUCCAGGCCCAGAUCCGGCCAUGCUCGCCCCCCACCCUCCGUUUUUCCUGGGACCCCUCUCCUCUCAGCAAUGCUCCCAGUUUUCCAAGCAGCAUUUGCAGUACAACUUAGAACAAAGAGAGAUGGAAGAGGACACAACAGAAGUGUUACAGCACCUAAUACGAAAGAAUAAGAAGGAGCCGACAGGUGGUAUAGCCAGUCCCCAGGUGAGGAAGAAGCUUCGAGACCAUAUAAUUAUGAAGCACCACCCCAACCAUGACAGACUGACUCCCAGCCACAGCAGCCCUGCAUCAGGAUACAGGCUCCCGGUUGUUGACAUGUCCCCAAAGGCCCUGAAGCCUCAGGUUACAACCUGUGACCAGCGUAAGAACCUGGUUCUACGCAGAACAGUCUCUGAACCAACUUUAAAGUGGAAGUUAAAGAAACUCAUCAGUACAAGGCCAAUCCGAGUACAGCGUAAGACCAGUGCCCCUCCCGCUGUCAAGCACAGGACAGAAACUCUGGACUCUUCACCCAGCAGCAGCAGCAGACCAGCAUCAGAGUGCAGUUCGCCCAAUGACAGCCAGCUUUCAGACAGCGGGGUUCUCCCAUUGGCCCAUGAGGCUCAGAUGCUGCUGCUAAAGGAAGGCGGCUUGGCCAAUUUCACGUUGCCUCCAAACCGCACUGCCAUGCCCAACAUCACUGCUGGACUUCCUGCACAGACCGACCUGCGAGUGGCCCGGUCCCUGGCAUUGUCUACGGUGCCUCAAGUCUACUUGCCUCUCGAUGGAAGCAGUCCACCCCUGGCUCAGCACCUGCAGCCUUUUCUGAUUCUUGGACCACACACCGGACUUGUACAUCCACAACUUGUUGCCUUUCCAGGUCUGAGCUCUGUUCCCAUCCAGCAGCAGCGUCACCUGUCAUCCCCAGUCAGGAGGGAAGGUGUUGUCACCUUGUCCUCACACAGACCACUGGAGCGAACACGCUCAGAGCCCCCACCCUACAGCCACUCGCCCCUAUCUCUGCACGCCAGCUAUCAUUCACAAAACCAGCACCAGCUGUCGCAGCAGCACCACUGGCACAAGACUGGACUGGAAAGGGUCAAACAGAACACACAGCUGAGCAAGAUUCCAUCAGAGGACAUGGAUCUUGAAGAGACUGGAUCAGGAUCUGGGUCAGGGUCAGGGCCCGGGUCCGUGUGCGGCUCCGAACCAGGCUCAGUGUCUGAAGACGGUUACCGCAGGAGACAGAGCAACGCCAGCACAGACUCCGUUUACGGCACUGAGUCCACCACAUCCUCAAGGGAGAGUCUCAUUGAGCCCUCACACCCCCUUAAUCAGAGGCAGGUGAUUCAAAGAUCAGGUCUUCAGUUGGACUCACUGGGUAUGCCUGUCCUGAUGUGGCCUCAUCAGCCUCUGGUCCGAACCCAGUCCUCUCCGGCCUACACGUCUCUGCCCCCACCUCCACAUCCACCCCCCGCGGUACCUUCGUUGUCACUGUCCAGCCCCCCUGCCGACACCAAGCUCCGCUUUACAACAGGGCUGGUUUAUGACUCUCAGAUGCAGAAGCAUCAGUGUACCUGUGGUGACAACAGCCUCCACUAUGAGCAUCCUGGAAGGGUUCAGAGCAUCUGGUCCAGACUGAAUGAAAGAGGCCUUCGAAGCCAAUGUGAGCGUAUCAACAGUAGGAAGGCCACGUUGAAAGAGCUGCAGUCGGUUCAUUCAGAGAACCAUGUGCUUAUGUACGGCUCCAACCCACUCCACCAACUCAAACUGGACAACCGCAAACUGGCUGGAAUCUUAUCUCAACGGAUCUUUGUAAUGUUGCCUUGUGGAGGAGUCGGCGUGGACAUUGAUACGAUCUGGAAUGAGCUUCACACUUCAGCAGCUUCACGUAUUGCUGCAGGCUGCGUCACAGACCUGGCUCUGAAGGUGGCGCAGGGAGAACUGAAGAAUGGCUUUGCGGUGGUGAGGCCCCCUGGACACCAUGCAACCCACUCUUCCCCGCUGGGCUUCUGUUUCUUCAACUCUGUGGCCAUCGCUGCCAAACAGGUCCAACUCAAACUCAAUGUCAGCAAGAUCCUCAUCGUGGACUGGGAUGUUCACCAUGGCAACGGCACCCAGGAUGCCUUCUACAAUGACCCAAAUGUGCUCUAUAUCUCUCUGCAUCGCUAUGACAACGGCAAUUUCUUUCCUGGUAGUGGACAUCCAAGUGAGGUGGGUGCAGGCGCUGGCGAGGGUUUUAAUGUCAAUGUGGCGUGGACAGGAGGUCUGGACCCCCCAAUGGGAGAUGCUGAAUACCUGGCUGCAUUCAGAGCCGUGGUGAUGCCCAUUGCCCAUGAGUUUUCCCCUGAUCUGGUGCUCGUGUCAGCUGGCUUCGAUGCUGUCGAAGGACAUUCAUCACCACUGGGAGGCUACAAGGUUACAGCCAAGUGUUUUGGCUUCCUGACCCGUCAGCUCAUGUCCCUGGCCGGGGGUCGGGUGGUCCUGGCUCUGGAGGGAGGACAUGACCUUAAAGCCAUCUGUGAUGCCUCUGAAGCCUGCGUCAGUGCGCUGCUUGGCAUGGAAGUGGAGCCUCUGUCCCAGUCCGUCUUGGACCAGAGGCCUUGUGAAAACGCCAUCCAGUCUCUGCAGAGAGUCAUCCAGGUUCAGGGUGAGUACUGGCAGAGCGUGAAGGAUUCGGCCGCCACCGUGGAUCUGUCCUACCUUCAAGCCCAGAGACGACGACUCAGACGGGACUCGGACAGCGAGGCCGUCAGCGCCAUCGCCUCGCUGUCGAUGGGAGGCCUGUCCUCCGAAAGGAAACAUCCAGAGAAACUGACAGAGAAGGAUUCCAUGUGAAGAAAACCUCCUGACAGUUGCCUUCAACCAAGUCUCAGUGGAAAAUAUAGACAUACACACAUAGUUCUGCAUUUGGAUUCAUCACUGGAAGCGGGUGUCCUCCUCAGUUCAACCACUGUAUUUUUCACCUCACACACACUUCUCCACAUGAAUUACUACUGGUUACAGUAUGACUCAGACAACAUGCACACUUCACGAACCUUCAACAGGUUUUGAUGGACGAGUGGGAUGUCACUCAUUGAACUGAGAAAACAAACAGAUCUGUGAAGGAUCUAAGGAUCUCUUGUAGCAUUGGUUGCUGGCAACUGGACGUAGCAUGUACACACAUUUGACAAAGCACAGGACAGACCUGCGCUAGACCACUCAGACUGUUGUAACCUUGAAAGGGGAGGUCAAAGGUCGCUUCAGCCUACUGGAUUCAAUCACUCCGAGCGGAAGGAGUCUUUGAAGGAGAGCAGUCGUAUCCUCUGUGCUUAACAAGUCCCGCUAUGAUGAUGUCAUUUACCUGCAUGUGACAAAGCUCCAGUGAAGGAACUGAUCAGUGGUCAGGAGUGUUUCUGAUCAUUUUGCACUGUCCUGUUCUAUAAUAUGAACUGCAUGGAGGGACUGCAGCCACAUCGGCAGUGUUCACCAAGCGCUUAUAUUUGCAGUUUAUCUUAAAAUUCUUUCAUUUACCCUAUGGCACACUUGUUUUUUUUUUUUUUUGUAAAUGUCAACCAGAGAUUUUUUUUUUUAUCCAGCAAGAGUGAAGCUACAGUGAUGUCUGAGAUACAUAUGUUUCGUAUUUUUUGUAUGUCCACAUAUUUUCUUAAGUCUCUCUUUUCUUUCUUGGCCUGUCAGGCGAGCACAUGCAGCAGAACUCCAGAUCGCACCAGUUAUUGUUAUCUCUCCUCGACUAAAGACUAAACAGGACGCAGAAGUCUUGAAUAACUGCAUCUUAAUCAUGUAGAGAAACUGUAGUUUGUAUCAAAAUGAAGAGCUAGUACCUCUAGUCACUGGAGUAUCAGUAUCAGGGACAAAAAGUAUCAGUCCAUCAGUCAAAUCGUUUCUUUUUAUACGCCAACAGACAGCAAAAACACCCAUCAUUCCUCAGCGUAGCCGCUCAUACAUGAUUGUAUAUGUGAGAGUGCAGACAUUUUGAGUGAGGUUUCAUUGAUACCACACUGACUGUAUGACAAUCACAGACACAAAGUGCACUUACAGUAUGUUGCCCUCAGGAAAAGAGGCUCAGAACGACAUAGCUGUUAAAAGUUGAACUUAAAAGAUGCUUUUUUUAUAUAUAUACAUGGACCAGUGUUUCUACCUGUGGAUUAGCAUUCCUGCUGUAUUACAUUAUAUUUCUUUCAUAUCUGUAUAUCUCUCAAAACACGGACACCUGUCCUUUGUUUAUUAUCGAUGUAGCACCGUUCUGUUUACUGUCAGCGCCUGGGAAGUUUUUCUCCCUGGACCAAACAAUGACAUUUUAGCAGUUAGGAUGGAGAAAUAUUACUGACAAAACUGAACAUCCACACAUUGCAAUUGGACACAGGUUAAGCUCAACCAAAGCUUAUGAGAACAAUGUGCUGUCCCUGGACUGGCAUGGCUUAAAUAACUUCAAAGACUUUGAAGAGUUUGUGAAUGUUUCUUUUUUCUAUCCAAACAGUUGAACAGCACCAAAAGCACAGAACGGAUAUAUAAACACAUUCAUUGAAAAAGAAGAAAAGGCGGUCGUGACUCAUAUUUAUACAUUCAGAUUCUGUGUCUUUGAAGUGCUCUUUGCAUGUUUAACACAAUUUUCACGGUGCUAUAGAUUUUUUUUAAUACAAUUUGUUUGAUGUUUUCUUUCUUUGUGUUGCACUGUUUGCAACUUAAUCUUUGUUAUUGUAAUGAAAAUGUGAAAACAAAUGACGUUGAGAGAAGUUAGAGCAGCCUCAGCUCCGUACAGCGAGUGUAGCUUUACUUAGGUUUAUGUAAACAUUCACGACAGUAACCUGACAUACCGAAUGUCUUAUCUUUUGUCUUAAUAAAUGCAAAUUAUUUUUGUAUUAGAACUCAAAAAGUAACCCUUAAAGACCAAAUUUUUAGCCCGCGUGCCUUGAAGUACCAUGCUGACCAACCUGUGUGAAGGUAGCCUUAAAAAACUGGAUCUUAAUUCAAACUGCAGUCCAGUUGGAAAAUGCCUCAUCUAAUUUUCUUAUAACUGACUGUUUUGUUUCUGUACAGUGUACAUAUGGACUUUUUUCCCUCCUUUUGUCUUUUCUAUUGGUUUUGUUUCCUUAAAAAAAAGCCUUAAUAAAGGUGAAUUGCAUUCA